AUGCCACGACCUUUGAUAGAAAAAUACCGCUAUCCUCAAGAAGAUCUCCCUCGUUACCUCUGGCGAGUCCAAUACACCGGCACCAACACCAUCUCCAACGACUCCGGUCUCUGGGCCGCCGAAACCACAUCUUCUUCGUUCUCCUGGCACGCCUUCCGUCGUCGGGUAAUCAACCAUUUCACCUGGAAAAACCGCUAUCCAUCUCCUUUCAUCUCCUUCUUCUCGGAGGAAGACCAUGCCAAGAAUUGGGCUGAGAAGAUGCGCCAGGCCGGAAGGGAAGACGUUGAGAUCCUAUGUGUAGAUACGCAAGAAGACUGCAUGGAGGGUAUUUACGUUUUCAAGCUCUCGGAGAUGGUGAGGAAUCUGAGAAUCUGGAGGAGCUCGUUGGCGAAGCCCGCGAGGCAGCAUCUGAAGAAUGGCUUCUUUUGUCUGCACCAUGUCCCAAGGGAAGCAAUUUGUGAGGAGUCGGUGGUCCUUUAG